CAGAUCAAGAGUCCACAUCUGACCCAACCAAUCAACCAUCCAUUUCGGCCCCAUACUUGAUCCCAAUACCAGAAAGAAAACGUCGGCGACGCCUUGUCAAAACUGCCGAAAUGGGUCGCGCAAAGCCAAUUGCCCAAAAUCUCCUAGCCGACCUCCCGACUGAUGCUGAUGCUGUACCAACCCUACCAAUGCCCCCACCGAAGCCAAGAAGAAUCAAGAAGGCCCAGCCUAAGGCCAAGGCUACUGAGGUUGAGGCUGAGGAUACUUUGCCUAUCUCAAAACUGGCUGAGAGUAAGAAGACUUCUUCUGCUCCUUCAAAAAGGUCCGCCGAGACCCAGCCCUCCGAGUCCACCCAAUCAAAGAAGCCGAGGUCUGCCUCAGCUACUACUUCGGGGUCCAAGAAACCCAAUGUCCACUGGGCCCCAAAGUUGACUUUGGAGGAUAGGCCAAUUAUGUCAACUAAGAGUGCCGACGACAUUAAUGUCGGUGUCGCCCUCAGUACUGCUCUUCUUCUUCCAAGCGAUCUGGAGCGAAAUGCUAGGUACAACGAGUAUGAGAACUAUGCGCUAAUGCUCCAGCACUCCGUUCAAGCCAUCCAGCACGCCCAUUCGUUUUCAAUGCAAUCUUUUGAAAAUCGUCAAAGAGUGGCCGACAUGAAGAGGGAGGUUUCUGCCCUCAAAAAGGAUAGUAAAUCUCUUGAAUCAAAGAUGAAGAAAUUGGAAGAUAAGGCCGAGGCCGCUACUAAGGCCCAGCAGAUGGCCGAAGAAAAAGCGGAGUCUGCUGAGGCUAUUAGAAAAGUUGCUGAAGCUGAAAAGAAGGAGUUUAAAUAAAAAAUGGCUCAAGCUGAGAAAGAGCUUCAGAAGGCUCUGGCCACAAAAAAAGCCAAAAUCAAAGAAGUUGAUGAGAAGGCCUACGCCCAGGGCGUGGCCGACGUCACUGAGGAAUACAAACUUCAAGUUAAGCAGGCAUGCAACAGGGGCUUCUCCCUUGGUUGGAUGGCCCUUGCCAAAAAUCUCAACAUCCCAGAUGACUCGCCGUUGCGCAAGGCUGAAGCUAUUCCUCUCCCAUUUCCUUAUCUUCCACCUCCAAGACAGGCUGAAGAAGAAUCUGAGUCUGAGUCUGAAGCCGAAGAUGAGGAUAAGGAUGACGGUGAUGCUCUAGUAAGGAAGUCCAAGGAUGCCGAUAAGACCCAAUCUCUUCCUCAGGAUGAUCAAAUCCUAGACCUGACUCAUGAAGAGGAUGAGGAGGUUAUUAAGGAGGCAACUCCUGAACAAGCAUCAUCCGACGUUCCUCCAGCCGAAAAAAGUCUUGAUGAAACGCUUGCAGAGAUUGACGCCGAGAUUGAAGCAGAAAAGAUUGCCGAGGAGGUUCCACCAGAAUCUUCCGAGGUCCCAGCGCCUCCAGCUGUUAAUGCUGAAGAAUCCUGAUUUGAAUGUCUUUAUUUCCUUGCCUUUUUAUACUCUGUUUUGUUUUCUGAACAAUGUAAACUUCCUUUUAUGGCCGAUGUGCCUUCCUUUGUAUAUAACUGCAAUUGUUUUUCUAUGGAUGCUUCAAUCUUUUUAAUUUCUCUUUGAUUUGCUUCUGCAUGGUUGUAUGCCUUUUAUUUUUUGCCACCUUUGUGCAAUCUCCUCGGGGUUACAUACCUCGGGUUCAACAACAUCAAACUUUACUUCGGCAAGAUACAGACCUGAAAACUCUUGAUAAAUUCUAACAAGUGUUUAACAUAUACUAUUCAAUAUUAACUCUGCAAGUUUCUUCUCAAGUUUCAAUAAGUAUGUAAACAGUGAUCUCGGUCUAACCUACUUGUAAAU